AUCUGGAAAAGAAAGACAACAAUGUGUAGAUGAAGUGAUUGGUUCGAGUUUGGCUCCAAGAGAACUAUUCAAUGUUGAUGCUUUAGCAGAGUGUAACAGAAAAGUUGUACCAAAACUUCCAAGACCAUUAAUGCCAAUUGAGGUCUUGAGAGUUUUAAAUCAAUUUCCACCUGAAAUUGAAGAUUUUGUUCCUGAAGUCACACCUGAAAUCAAAGAUUUUGUUCCUGAAGACACACCAGUCCUUGAAACAGUACCUGAAGUUGAAGAACUUGUUAUGCCUGAACAA